AGAGCGAAGAUGGUAGUGAGGUUGAAGUUCGAAAUUGUUUCCCUGUUCCCCAUGAUGAGUCUCAAAAUCAGGUUGCCGUAGAUAUGGUAUACCACCAAAGUAUGUUCGAACUUCACAAAAAAGUCAAUGCCAAAGAAGUGAUUGUUGGAUGGUAUGCUACCGGAUCCAAUCUCAAUCAAUGGAAUGCUCUUAUUCAAGAUUUCUAUUCUAAGGAAGUUUCGCCUCCAUUUCAAGCUAUUCAUUUAACAAUGAAUACGGAUCUUAAGAAUGAAGAAAAACUCUUGGGCGUUAAAACCUAUGUUAGCGCACCAAUUGGAAUUUCGGCCAAACCAGAGAAUUGCUUAUUCUUACCGGUUCCAUGUGAUGUUAAAUAUUUUGAUGCUGAGCGCAGUGGACAUCGCUCAACUUCUCUCAUUUCUGAUAUGGAUAACCUUGAAAAAACGAUUUUGGUUGUUCAAGAGAUGUUGGAGAGAGUUUCAGAAUAUGUAAAUAAAGUCUUAGUAAAUAAACCAAACAAAAAUGAAUUGAUGGUUAUGAAGAUGUCACAACUUCAUAAGACCCAGAAUGAUGGUGGUAAUUAUGAUACUAUUGCUUAUAAUGGUGCCUUUAGUCAGUUUCCAAUGUUUUAUGCAUUUGUUAUUACAGACGACUCUGACAAUGACUCUGAUUCCAAUGAUGGAGUUCUGGAUGAAAAUCCAAUUUUAGAAAUUAAAAGCUUAAAACAUUAUGGCGGUGCUAAUCGCGUCAGGAUGAUGCCUCAAAAAGAUUGCUAUAUAGCAGCAACUUGGGCUGAAACAGGAAAAGUACUCAUAUGGGAUUUAGCACCAGUUAUCAAUUCACUAGAUACUCCAGGCCGACAAAUUCCACAGAAAACACAGAAGCCGAUUUAUACUGUUGAAAGCCAUAGUACGGAAGGGUUUGCAAUGGAUUGGUCAGGGACAGUCGCUGGAAG